AUGGCUGAUGAUGAUUUUAGUAAACUCUUGCAACAAGCCGAACAGUUAACUACAGAAAUAGAGGGCAAUGAAGAUCUACCAAGAGUGGAAAGAUCAUUGGGGCAGGUGUUGGAAGCUUCUCAUGAACUGUAUUCAAGAGUAAUUCAAUCGGGCUCUAAUGAUAUUCAAGCACAUCUUUUAUUUGGAUCAAAAGGGAUAGAUCUUCAGCAAAUAUCUCAAAAACUUGAAACAUUAUCUUCAAAGAGAACAUUUGAGCCUUUACAACCCAUAGCUGACUCGGAUAUUGAAAGUUUUCUUAAAAAUGAACGAGAAAAUGCUAUUCUAUCUCUUAUUGAUGAAGUUAACAAAAAUUCACUGCAAACAACUGAGGAUCAAAAAUGGGAACACAUGUUAUCAGAAUGGAAUAAGGAAAAGAUAAAACUAAUGAAUGCCAUGAUUGGUCCCUCGCAAAACUGGUUAGAUUUGAAAAGAGCUCCUGAGCCACCUAGCAUAGCUGACACACCCAAAAAGUUUGGUCAUUCCAUGUUAGAUACUAUUGAAUCAGCAUAUGCUAGACAAGUUCAACAGUACAAUAAAUUGGUAUUCCAAGGAGCAAAAUCAAAGACUGCACUGCAUCAUAAAUUUGCACAGGUUGCUGAGGAGUUUAAUGAUUCGAAAGUGAAGGAAAUGUGGGAGAUCAUAAAAACCAUGUCAAAUAUACCUGCACUCGUUAGGGAUGAGGAUCCACUGAAAGUUAGAGGAAACCCAACUAUUCAACAAUGUUUAAUAGCACAGGGCAAGAAAUAUUUAGAAAAAAGAUACAAGCAGUAUAUGAGUGAUGUUGUUCGGGCCAAUCCUGCAGCAGCAAUGCGUGGCGGUGAGCCUGGAACUUUUCCCCUUGUGCGAGGUUUUGUAGGACUACGUCUACAAGGGCAAAGUGCCCAAGGACUUGCAGACGGAGUAAUUGAUGAUAGACCAUUAUGGCCUAUGGUUUAUUAUUGCUUAAGAAGUGGAGAUGCCGGUGCUGCAUUGCAUUGUCUGAGAAAGGCUGGACGUGAACAUGAAGAAUUCAUUGCUGCCCUAGAAGAACACAUGAGAAAUCCUGAGAAAGCACUAAGUGAAAAGUUACAGACAGCAAUCAACUUUCAGUAUAGAAUACAAGUGCGAAACUCAAGUGACCCUUACAAACGUGCCGUAUAUUGCAUAGUGGGAUGCUGUGAUGUUAAUGAUGAGCAUGCUGAAGUGGGUAAAACUGCAGAUGAUUAUCUGUGGUUGAAGUUAUCUAUGAUUAAAGCUAGAAUAAACAAUGAAUCAGAGUCAUUCUCAUACUCAGAUCUACAAAAGAUGAUCUUAGAAGAAUAUGGUGAAACACAUUAUCAUGCUUAUGAGAAACCACUGGUGUACUUCCAAGUGUUAGCUCUGACUGGUCAAUUUGAGCCAGCAAUAGAAUUCCUCUCCCGCAUACCCAGAUACCAAGUUCACGGCGUUCAUAUGGCUUUAGCACUUCACGACGUGUAUAUGAUAGGAACUCCACGCAAUGUACAAGCACCAUUGUUGUCUGUGGAUACGGAUGACCCCAUACCACUUCGUAGGUUGAACUUAGCCAGACUGCUGCUACUCUAUGUAAGAAAGUUUGAACUCUCGGAUCCGUGUGAUGCCCUUCACUAUUAUUACUUCUUGAGGAAUUUAAAGGAUCCCAACGGCAAGAACUUGUUCAUGUGCUGUUGCUCUGAACUAGCUCUGGAGUCCCGCGAUUACGAGCUAGUCUUCGGGAGAAUGGACGUCAAUGGUCUGCGAUCCCCUGGUUUGGUAGAUCAGUUUAACAAUCCACAUAUCGAUACUAAGGUCAUAGCACUCAAUGUGGCUGAAGAACUGGUGAAUAAGGGAUUGUUUGAAGAUGCAAUCACUGUUUAUGACAUUGCUGGGAACAUGGAACGUGUGUUAGAACUAUUCUGCGUACUGUUAGCGCAAGUUGUGAACAGCGGUGGUGGUGUGGGCGGGCUAAGAGAGCGAUUGUCCAUUCUCACGGAACACAUCUCCAAACGGCUCCGGUCUUCUGACGCAGCCUCCUUGCCAGCAGCACUAGUCGAGGCUUACACAAAACUAUGCAAGCUGAUGACUUUCUUUGAUCACUUCCACAACGAAAACUAUGAAGGAGCACUUGAGCGUCUUCGUGAAUGCGAGCUUGUGCCUCUCAGUAACGCGGAACUGGACACUCGGGUGUCGGCUGCCCGAUCUGCUCGCGGCGAACUACUUCGCUGUCUGCCCGCCGUGUUACGUGCAGUCUGCACUAUUCUUAUUGCACAACGACAAAAGUUACGCGCUUCAUACCAUGUGGCAUCGCACACCACAAAUCAGCAAGUGGAAUGGUUACGCGAACAAGCAGAAGUUUUGAACACGUUUGCCGGAAACAUAGCGUACAGAAUGCCCGGCGAUACCUACAGUCAGUUGGCGCAAAUGCAGAUACUUAUGCAUUAA